UCCAGUGUGACAACGAGUAAACGACAAUCAGAAUAUCAAAUUAUCUGGCAUCAACACACUAUAUAGAAACUAUCUGUCAUAUGGUUGAACCGAAAAUUUUGAAAUUAUGAGUGAGCAAAAUAAUUCUGAAAAAGAAUACAGAGAAAAACUCUUACGUAUGGUGAAAAAAGAGGUGAAGCAAAUUAUGGAAGAAGCUGUUACACGCAAAUUUGUUCAUGAAGAUAGUAGUAGCAUUACUUCACUAUGUGCUGCAGUAGAUGCAUGUCUGUCUCACAGCUUAAAACGUAGGGCUUUGGGGUUAUUUAAAACAAACUCUACCACAGCUUUGCUUCAAAAACUCUCAAAGAACUGUGAAGAAGCUGCGGAGAUAGCACGGACAGUAGCAGAAAUGGAAAAUAUUGAUCCCAAUAAGCGAUCUGCUUCAAGUAGUGAUAGUACAAAUAAACUUCGACUAAAGCCUGAGAAACGUCAAAGCUCUAGCCCUUCCCUUAAUCAGCAACCUAAUCCACGUUUUUUGUGGAUUCGCUUAGCAUUAUUUGAAAAGAAGCUGGCAAAAAUUGUUGAUCAUCUAGUCCAUAAUGCAAGCAAAUAUUAUGAAAAAGAAGCCUUGAUAUCAGAUCCUGUUUGUGGCCAAAUAUUUGCCUCUCUUUUAGUGGGGCCGUGUGCUCUUGAUUAUUCCAAAAUGAAGACUCAGGAUCAUUUCUGGACUGAUCCACCUGCAGAUGAAUUGGUACAACGGCAUCGACUUUCAACUGGUGUACCACUGAUUAGUGGGCCUUCCACUCCCCCAUCUGUACGUAGGCCAGCAUUACAGUAUAAAAGAGACACAAGAAUAUCAACAGAAGAUUGCUGCCGUGUUAUACCCAGAGGAUAUGUAGAAUCUCUUCAUCAAAAUUCCAAGUCCACUUUAUUGUAUGGAAAAAAUAAUGUUUUAGUUCAGCCUAAGGAACAUUUAGAACCUAUGCCUGGUUAUCUUUCCCUUCAUCAAAAUCCUGAUGGUUUGAUUAUCAAAUGGACUCCUAAUCAGCUUAUGAAUGGAUGCUACAGCACUAGCGACAGCUCUUCAGAUUCUGUAACAAGCCAGGAUAAAAGUAUUUAUUGGGAGUAUGCCAUGAGUGUCAGUGUAGAUGAUAUAGUAUAUUUGCAUUGCCAUCAAAAUCCUGACACUGGUGGUACUAUUGUUUUGGUUGGACAGGAUGGUGUUCAACAUCCUCCAAUACAUUUUCCAAAAGGUGGGCACUUGUUAGCUUUUUUGUCUUGUCUUGAAAAUGGACUUCUACCUCAUGGACAAAUGGAUCCUCCAUUGUGGUCACAGAGGGGAAGAGGCAUCAAAUCACCUUUUCCAGGAAAAGUGUUUCCAAAGUUACGGAGGAAAUGUCGAGGAUCCUUCAGGAGGCAUUCUAAAGAUGGGGAAAAUGGUUCAGAAGAAGAUGGUGAAGCUACAGAUUAUGUUUUCAGAAUAAUAACAUCUCUGAAACCUGAUUCUAUAUCUCCUGAGAUGUUGGAUCCCAAGAUCAAUCUGGAGACAUUUGCCUGGCAGCAAAAAGAGUCCAUCAAGCAUCUUCCACACCAUUCAUCUUCUUCAACAACCUCCACUUCUAGUUCAAAGUCACUGGCUGAUGAAAAUAGUAUUGACAUGGGAAGGUUCUCAUUAGAUAGUAAAGAAGAUAAACCUCCUGCUGGGCAAUCUAUACAAAUUCUGUGUGACACCAUGAAGAAACAAAUUAUUUCUCGAGCUUUCUAUGGAUGGCUAGCCCAUUGUCGCCAUUUGCGCACUGUGCGAACCCAUUUGGCUGGUUUAGUAAAUUCCAGCAUUGUCAGUGAAACUUAUCCCACAAAUGCUUCACAAGGCCUAACUAAAGAAAUAUGGAUUCAUAUGCAUAAUGAUUCACGAGUGACUGAUUCGCAUGAAGUUUAUCGACUCACGUAUUUUGGAGGUGUUGAUCCUAGUAUACGUAAAGAAGUAUGGCCUUACUUAUUGGGCCAUUAUGCUUUUGGCAGUACUGAAAGUGAGCGUCAGGAGCACAACAUGAGUGUUCAGACAAGCUAUGAGACCACCAUGUCUGAAUGGCUUGCUGUAGAGGCUAUUGUUAAACAGAGAGAUAAAGAACAGAUGGCUGCAAACCUGGCUAAGUUGUCUUCAGAAAGCACCAACAGUGAAAUACCGCUUGUUGGACCUAAGGAUGCAAAUCUGAGUAAUGAUGUGUUUGAGGAUAUGAGUAGUACUGAAUAUUAUGAAAAUCCUGAAGACGACAUAUUAGAAGAACCAGAAGAAGAAGAAAAGUCAAAAACUAUGAAUGAUAAGGAGGCUGAAAAUACUGAAACGUCAGAUCAUGCUGAAGAGAAUAAAGAAGUUGACAUAGAAGAUAAGUGUCAAGCGAGUUUAGAAGAAAAACAGAUAUCUAGAGUUAGAUAUCUCCGUCAUAUGCAAGCUAUUGAGAGUCAAAGCAUCCUUAUCACAAAUUCAUCUGUUGAAGCAGGGAGUCCUGUUCUGUCUUCACCUAGAGAACCUCCUUGUGAAGAGGAGGAGAAAAAAAUGACAACUAAAUUAGAACAGAAAGAAGAAGUGUGUGAUGAUGCAGAUGCAAAUCAACUUGAAACCACUGAUCCUCAUUCAGCCUGCAUUUCUCCAGCUUCUUCUGGUGGAGGUGUUUACUCGAAUGAACUUUUAGAUAUGUUCUCUUUAAAUCUACAUCGUAUCGACAAAGACGUUCAAAGAUGUGAUCGUAACUAUUGGUAUUUUACAUUAGAAAAUCUGGAAAAGCUUAGAAAUGUCAUGUGCACAUAUGUGUGGGAACAUUUAGAAAUGGGAUAUGUCCAAGGAAUGUGCGAUCUUGUGGCUCCCCUACUUGUUAUAUUUGAUGAUGAAAUGCUAUCAUACAGUUGUUUUUGUGAGAUUAUGAAAAGAAUGGUUGCUAAUUUUCCACAUGGUGGAGCAAUGGAUGCCCAUUUUGCCAACAUGAGAUCUCUUAUUCAGAUUUUAGAUGCUGAAAUGUUUGAAUUAAUGCAUCAAAAUGGGGACUACACACAUUUUUACUUCUGUUAUAGGUGGUUUUUAUUGGAUUUCAAAAGAGAACUGCUUUAUGAUGAUGUGUUCAUUGUAUGGGAGAGCAUUUGGGCUGCAAAGCAUGUUGCUUCUAGUCACUUUGUCUUAUUUAUAGCCUUGGCUCUUGUGGAAUACUACCGAGACAUCAUUUUGGAGAACAAUAUGGACUUCACAGACAUCAUUAAAUUUUUUAAUGAAAUGGCCGAAAGACAUGAUGCUAAAGCUGUCCUAAAAAUUGCUAGAGAUCUGGUGUGCCAGAUACAAACACUAAUCGACAACAAGUGAGCACUGCAAUCCCUAUGAGAUGUAUAUGAAUCCAUUGUGAUGUUGCAUGUCCACUGGGAAAUUUCCCUUUCCACCACCUUUAGAAGAUUCAGUGUGGAUGGACCUUUCCUACAAACCUCUCUUCCUAUUGGUGUAUCUUCCCUGGAAGGAGUGGACACAGGGACAGACUGGCUGAAGGCCCUAAAGUGCCAAAGCUUUUGUGUCAUUUACGUUAUUUGUAAUUAUUAUUUAUAAUGACUUAAGCAUUUAUGUCGUGGAUUUUUUAUUUACUCUGCUACAAAAAAAAAAUGUCUUAAUCCUUCUCAAUAUGCAAAAAAGAAAAGUUAAAUCCCUUGGUCAUUUCAAUCUUGAAAGUUAAAAGAGAAAGAGAGAGAGUAUCAAAUAUGAAUUACAUUUCCUUUUUAUCUAAAUGCCAAUGAGUUUUAAAGAUUUGAGUUGGAAGCAUUAAUGGUACCAGAAUAUUUCACCCUCUUUUCUCUAAAGUUAUCUUGACUUGGAACAUUUCAGUGGAGUCAUUCUAGUCAUUUUGAAUCUGCAGUUAAAUAGCAGUAUAUUUUUGAUGUUAUUGCCAAUAAUAUUUAGUAAUUGAACAAUAGUUAAAUCAUUAAAUUUGUUUACAUAUACUUAAAUGUAUACAUAAAAUCAAUUAUGAAAUGAAUUUUAUUAGAUGAUAAUUACAAUUAUUUUGAAUUCGAAAAGGAUUAGUCUUGUAUCUUUAUAGAUGAUUCUGUGCUACUAAUAUU